AUGCAGCUUCCUUCUGGAGAGGAGAUCCCCCUCCCCCCUAUCAUCCUGGGGAGUUUGGGAUCAGACCCCAAAAAGAAGACUGUGUGUAUCUACGGCCACCUCGAUGUCCAGCCAGCCAAUAUUGAUGACGGCUGGGAUACCGAGCCUUUCACUCUGGUGGAGAAAGAUGGUAAGCUCUACGGAAGAGGUUCCACUGACGACAAGGGUCCAGUAUUGUCCUGGCUUAACUGCAUUGAGGCCUACCAGAACAUCCAGCAGGAGCUUCCCAUCAACAUCAAAUUCUGCUUUGAGGGGAUGGAGGAAUCUGAAUCCCAGGGCCUGGAGAAAUUGCUGUUAUCCCAGAAAGACACCUUCUUAAAAGACGUGGACUACGUCUGCAUCUCUGACAACUACUGGCUGGGCAAAACCAAACCCUGCAUCACCUAUGGUCUGAGAGGACUCUGCUACUUCUUCAUUGAGGUGGUUUGCUCUAAGAAGGAUCUGCACUCUGGGGUGUUUGGUGGAUCUGUUCAUGAGGCCAUGACCGACCUCAUUGCACUUAUGGGCUCCCUGGUCACCGGGAAGGGGGAUAUUUUGGUUCCUGGGAUAAACGACGAUGUGACCAAAGUGACAAAGGAGGAGAAAAAGCUCUAUGAGGAUAUUGAGUUCAAUGUGGUUGAGUUCUACAAAGACAUUGGAAUUGAUCAGCCGCUGUAUGACACUAAGGAGGAAGUCCUAAUGCACCGCUGGAAGUACCCAUCUCUCUCUCUUCAUGGUAUCGAGGGGGCUUUCUCUGGAACAGGAGCCAAGACUGUGAUCCCCCGCAAAGUCAUUGGCAAGUUUUCCAUCCGCAUUGUUCCUGACAUGGACCCCAAAGAUGUGGAGAAGAAGGUUAUCAACUAUCUGAAGAAGAAAUUUGAUGAACUGAAAUCCCCCAACAAACUCAAUGUUUACAUGGGCAGCGGAGCCAAGGCCUGGGUCUCUGACUUCAACCACCCGCAUUACAUGGCUGGUCGAAAAGCCAUGAAGACAGUCUUUGGUGUGGAGCCUGACCUGACCCGUGAGGGUGGAAGCAUCCCCAUCACCCUGACCCUCCAGGAGGCCACAGGAUGUAAUGUCAUGCUGCUUCCUGUGGGAUCCUCCGAUGAUGGCGCUCACUCCCAGAAUGAGAAACUCAACAGAUUCAACUACAUUCAGGGAAUCAAAGUGCUGAGUGCAUACUUUUACGAGGUUUCCCAGCUCAAAUGAAGUCACGUCUCAUCAUGAAAAAUGGAAAAUAACGUCAAUCCACACUAUCAGAGCUAUAGUCUUUGUGGUAUUGACUUCCAUAGUAAUGCUUUAUACACA